AUGAAUACACCUAAUUUAGAUGUUUUAAGCGAUAUCACCUUUAUAUUUGAUAGCGAUAAUUGGACUUGUGCCAUAUCAGUAAGAGGAGGACCUGAAUAUAAGUUAACCCACAUGGGAAAGACCAACAAGGAGGGCAU